ACCAAACGUCUGGUUACACACACACACACACAGAAGGACACCGACAUGAACUCCUGUGAAGUAAACUGCAGGUUACCGUUAAUAUCAGGAUGCUGUGAGCUGUAACGGUCACUGGGUCUCAUUGAAACAACAGUCUAGUGUCAGUUAAUUAAAAUGGCGUCCAGAACAACAACAGCAGCAGCAGCGGGUCGUUUAACAUGGAGGAUUCUCAGCCCCUUCACCCUGCACGCUUCACGCAGUGUAUCAGCGGUGAAUACUCGACAGUGUAGCUCCAAACUGGCAACCCAGCAGGACAAGAAACCAAAGAGAUCUGCCUUGAGACCAGCACCCAGCACCACACAUGACUGGAUCGGUCCACCGAACACUCUGUCCAACCUGCGGCCGAUCGUCUAUCGUGUUGCUGAGAACGAAUCAGAGCUUGAGAAACGUCUGAGACACCUGAGGCAGGAGACGGAGGACUGGAACCACGAGUUCUGGACCAAACAGAACAUCAGCUUCAGCAAGGAGAAAGAGGCUUUCAUCAUUUCACAGCUGAAGGCAAAAGGCUUGACUUUACGUGAUGAGGAAGGACGUCGGCGGUCCCUGAACAGUGAAGAAAUGGCGGUGUUUUACAAAAGCUUCCUGGACACAAACAGAAUACGACAUGCAAAUUAUAACAAGGAAUGGUACCGGCGUAACUUCACCAUCACCUUGCUCAUGGCCCAAGUCACCCUGAAGAACAUGUGGAGGACUGUUACUGAAAAACACAGCAAAACAAACAGCACUCCUGAUAAAAAAUAAAGUUCUGACCCAACCUUCUA